CAACAAGCACUCUGUUCCCCCCCUUCAGCUCGACGCCAUGCACAGCCCAAAUCCCGACCUCCUCUCCGGAAAGAAAGAAAGAAAAAAGAGAAAACAACACACGCGAAAAAAGCACUUCCAACCCAUCGGAGUCUGUCGGAUAAAACGCACCGAAUGAGAACUGCUCGUGAAUUGGAGUUUUGUCGCCGUUUCUCCUCCGUUUUCUCCCUCUCCUCGCUUCCAACAAGAGCGGAUUUUGAGUUUACUUGAUUCAAGUUUUGGCGUGCUUUAGUGCCUCGUGCUGUUGGUGUAAAAAAAAUCAAAUAAAAUAAUGCGAAUUGCACUUUUAGAACCGCUUUCCGUAAAAAUGUCCUCCGGUUGGAAAAUGUCUAAAUGGAUUUUACCGACGGCUUUCCCGACUGAACUGUUGGACUAGGGAAUAAAAUUCAACUUGGACUUUAUUUUCACCUAAACGGGAGUUAAAGUGCCGAAAGCACGGACUUCAGAUGUGUCCCUUGCCAGCCAGAGUGGCCCUUCAGUCCCGCGAUGGAUUCCAGAAGUCAGAGCGACAGCGAUGGGGGAGGAGGGCGGCAGCGGGGGUCGCCGUCACCGACGGAGCUGGCGAGCGCACGGCAUGACGAAGGGAGGCCGCAACCUUUUCCUCCGCAGACCGACGACGGCCCGCCGGAUCCCUGGCUGAGCGGCGGGCAGCCGCUCCACGCUCCGCCCGUGCUAUCUCUGGAUCAGCUGCGGAGGAGCGGGAGCAGCAAUGAGUACACGGAGGGGCCGACGGCCGCUCAAAGGUCUCCGGCGACUCAGCAACGCCAGCAGAAGAGCGACUCGGAGAGUCGGGAGGAGAGGCCCAACAACCUCCGCAACCUGACGUCACUGACUCGGCAGGAGAGCAGGAACGGUUCGGUCUCCUCCAGGGAGGGGGUGCAGUGGUCCGGCGCCGAGGACUCCCGGAGCAGCAUCAGGACCAGCGUGGAGAGCACGUCCUCCAGCCACCGGCUCCUCGGCAGCCCGACGAACAGUGAGAUAAUCCGAAUCCAGCCGAAACGGCCGGAGCUGGCGUCGGAGGAGCUGAAGCCCCUGGGCGGGUCCAGGACGCUGGCGGCGGUGCCGGGCAGCGCCGCCUCCAAACACAAGGGCGCGCACUCCAACGCGUGCCCGGACUGCGGCCGCUGCACGUGCGCGGAGUGCCGGCGCCGGCGCGUGCUCCCGUCCUGCUGGAUGUGCGGCCAGCGCUGCGUCUGCUCGGCGGACAACGCGGUGGAGUACGGGACGUGCGUCUGCUGCGUCAAGGGGCUGUUCUACCACUGCUCCAGCGACGACGAGGACACGUGCGCCGACAAGCCCUUCUCGUGCUCGCAGUCGCACCGCUGCGCCCGCUGGACCACCAUCUCCUUCCUGUCCUUGCUCUUCCCCUGCCUGCUGUGCUACCUCCCGGCUAAAGGGUGCGUGGCGGCGUGCCAGAGCUGCUACGACCGAGCGGCUCGGCCCGGCUGUCGGUGCACGAACUCAACCGCCCUGCGGUUGGAGGACGACGGUGGCAAGCCCACGUAGACGGAAACGCCAUCAGACUCGGACUCCCCACCGACUGAACUGCUAGCUGUAUCAGAGCGACCUAAUGACACUGUCGUGAGUUUCUGUCCCCAUGACGACCAGAUUGGUUAAAAGUGGAGUCCUCCACGUUUGAGGAAACGCUCCCAAACGGCGUUAGGAGUUCCUCUGACAAGUAAACCAAAAGCACUCCACCUUCUAAGGUAUGAAGACAUAUUCACCUUUCGUCCUCAAGUGCCCCGAUAUCUCGCCUCCGCGAGGAAACCCCCAAACAGACGGCCUUGUUCUUCUUUUUUUAACGUUUAAUACGACUUAUAUCCAACGAGCAGACUCCUGUUACUAACCGUAUGUCGAGUAGCAAAUGAAAAGGGUGUGUACAUUAGAACCUGAGUGACAGAUGUUUUAUUUUUGUACAUAUAAUAAUACUUCAACUGUGAAAGGUUUUCUGCCAUGAGGCACUUUGAUGAAUCCGCAUUUAUAUGAAUCAGUCAACUGUCAUUCGUACGGCGUCUUUUGAACGUUCACUGGAAUGUACAUCAAUCAUUUAUAUGUAAUUUACAAAGAUCUUAUCCCAUCUGAUGUAAAUUGUACAGUGACCUGAUGAGAAGAACUUUAUUUUCUAAUUCCAACGUUGCUUAGUGUAAAGUUUAAAAAAAAAAAAAGGUAUAUAUAUUUAUUUGAAGGUUCUAUUAUUUUAUCUUGAGAAGUAUUUAUUUUGAGAAGUCGUUGGUGUGUCACCUCUUCUGGGGCUGUGGGGGUGUCGGAGCUGGAUGAAUAGUUCACUAUGGAUUAGAAGACAAAUAUAUUAACGUUCAAGAUUAAAACAACCUUAAAGUGUGAGCGUAUUCCUUUCCUGUUUUGUCCUACGCACUUUCCUGCUGACUUGUGGGUAUUUUAAGCCUUUUAUGUCUGUCUAAAUCAAGCCCUCCACCUGU